UGCACUUCCUGAUACACCUGUUUGUCAGGUAGUCACUCUGCUACGCAACGGAGACUUUGAGUCACGACCAACGAGACAAUGGAUGGACUUUUUCUACCACUUUGACGUAUUUCUUUUCGUUUUUUUUUUUUUUAACAUUUUGAGUCGACUAUAAGUGGGUGUUUUUUAAUUCCUAAAAUGAGUCGAAUGUUCCAAAGGGAUUGCUCACUGGAGGUCGUGUUGCUGCUGUACUUGCUUGGAUAUUUCGCUCCUUCACUUGUCUCCUCCAUCACUGUGAGUUCUCCAGCUGAGCUCCACGCAUCCGCAGGAGAUCCUGUCACACUGUCCUGCACUUUCAGUUCCACCAGCCGACCCACCAGCAAGAUGAUAAUCGACUGGUCGUACAGACCUCAGACUGGAGGGCCGCCAGAGACCUUUUUCCACUUCUCUUCACGCGCCUUCCUUCCUGGGGAGGGUCAGUUCAGUGGGCGUAUUCAGUGGCGAGGAAGCCCAGCGAGGGGGGAAGCGUCUAUCUCGCUGAUCAAUUCUACACUGAACGAUAAUGGAACCUACACAUGCUCAGUCAGAAACCCCCCUGAUGUCCACGGGUCUCCAAACUCACACACUGUCCUCACUGUCACUCCGAAGGCACCCAGCGUUCGCUUCUCAGACGCUGCCGUCCUCCUGUUUCUCGUCCUCAUCCCUUCCACUUUGCUUGCCCUGAUUCUGAUUGGACGAAUGCUUUACCCCAAGAGACAGCGCAGCCAAUCUAAGGGCUACAGAUCAGCCAUAGAGGUCACAGAAGGAGAGGAGUAUGACAUCGAGCCAGUGGGGGGCAAAGCCCUGGGGGGCACAUGCUGUGACCUAUGUCUGACGGAUUCUGAGAGUGAGUACGAGUACAACGACAUGAAAAAGGACACGCCUGUUCAUGAAGGUUUUGCUGAGUCGCAGUGCUAGAGGUUCAUGCUGGGUCACUCGUUAGACCUGCUGGUGGUUCUACUGAAUGGAAAUCAAUGCAGAAUUAAUGUACGUGUCAGCCCUUCAGGUCACUUUGGUAGAGAUCUGUAUGUAAUAUUGUGAAGGAAGAAAUUAUUUUGUCUAAUUUAUUGCCAGUGUCAUAGCAGUUGAUGCCUUAUUUUGUUGUAUUGUCACAUUUCUGUUCUAAUUAGUGAAGUAAAACUGUUGAAUGUCACUUGAGAUCCGCUAAUAAUGUUAAGACUGUACAUAGCGUGUGUUUAUAUACAGGAUGUUGUAUAAAUGUUGCAGAAAGACAACAUGCACAUUAGCAUUGCACAGAUUUCCUUGUCAGACUUUUUUUGAAAAUAUGUUUUAGAAAUAUAUUUGCUUUAGUUAAUUUUGAAGAAAUUCAGUGAAGAAGCAAGCGUGACAUGAGAGUGAUGCUUUGUCUCUCGGUAAAGCUGACGGCAUACAGCCACAAUUUCCUCUUCUUUCUGUUUGGUCUGUUGAACUAUUCAUGAAUGGCGGUCUUUCAAUAUUCAUGAUUGUUCUUGAAUAUUUCUUUAAAAACACCAAGGACAGGCUGGGAUCUUUGCCGCUUGUGUUGCACAUUAGCGCAGCAUCUAUCUUAUCAAUGCAGUGGUGGGAUUUGAGAGUAAUAAAGAGACCUAACAAAAGCCUGCAGGAAAAAAAAAAAACAUUCAAUAAGCAAGGAGUCCUGAUUCUGUCUCAUUUAUUUCGAAUUUCUUAUUGGGCUUGUUCUCAGCCCUUAAGGCUUUAAUAAUUCAAACAUUGCUGUGCUGUAACUAUUAUCAUUCCUGCUUCAUCGUGAACUACCAUGGCAACAGCUUACUCAUGCCAAGCAGAGGCUAUUUUAAAAACUAGACAUUUGAAAUGGGUCCGCUAUAACUAACUUUCUAACCUGUGGCCCGAUUUGGUGGUGUGGGCGCGUCUGUGCACGCAUUUAUUUUUAGAUUUAACAAAUUUAAUAUUUAACAAUUAGAUUUAGAUGAACAUUUAGAUUCACCAUUUGAUUUAUACUUCAAAUGUGAAGGAAAUUAGUUAAAUGUGAGGAAAAAUGAGCUAAAUAGUCAAAAUAUACCAGCUAAGAAACGGUGAAUUUUGACAUUCGGCAGCCCAGAACCAAAAUAUGCACUACUGCUCCAAAUUUUAAAGCCAGUUGAAAAAUUGCAAGAAUUUACAUUUACAUCCUUUUUUGAAUCUUCUAUUAUAGAGGGGUGUCAAGUUUUUUUUGAGUCAUGGUCUUAAAACUUGAUCAGCUGAUGAACAGUCUUGGUUGUUUGCAAUAAAUUACUUCCUUAAAAACGUUUUCUCUCACUCCCAUUUUUUAUUUUGAAGCUUAGCUCAGAAAUUUGCUUAAGAUCCAACAAUGCAAAAUGUAAAUUCUUGCAAUUUUUCAACUGGUCUUAAAAUCUUCAUCAAGAGUGUAUAACAUUUCUAUUAUGCUGCAGUGCAGCU